GCGGACAUGAAUGGCGGCGGUGAGUUAUCUAACUUUGGCUGUCGGUCGGUCUGCAUCAUGCUCAGCAUUCAUUAAUUGUGUAAGUGACAGGCAGAACUAGGUACACAUUACAGGAAGGGAACUUCCCAGCUGUUACUUAGUGUGUUCGUCCAUUGAUCGGCCGUCACUGAGUGCUCUGUGUCAGAGUCUGAGGAUGAAGAUUGCCGUGCUAGGAGCCACUGGACAGACAGGACAGUAUCUGGUCAACCAGGCGCUGCAGCAGGGUCACACAGUCACCGCCAUCGUCAGGAACCCGGCGAGACUCACCGUGCAUCAUGACAACCUCAAGGUCGUGGAGGCUGACAUUUUCUCAGCAGACAGCCUGAAGCCUCACUUUAAGGGUCAGGAUGUAAUCAUGUCCUGCCUCGGCUUCCCGGCCUCCUUCUUCUCGGCGGUGACGGGUUACACCCUGUCCAUGAAGGGUGUGAUCAGCGCCAUGCAAGAGGCCCGAGUCAGCAGGAUCAUCACCAUGACCUCCUGGUACACUGAGCCGGACUCCGGAACAAAGUCGUCUUAUCUCAUCCGCUUCCUCCUUCUGCCGAUGAUCCGAAGCGUCCUCACCAACAUGUAUGAGAUGGAGCAGAUUCUGCAGAAGACUGGCGACAUCAACUGGACCGUUGUUCGUCCACCGGGCCUCAAGAACCUGCCCGCCUCAGCCCAAGAGUUCCUGACGCAAGAGGGAUACUUUGUGCCUGACAACAGUGGCAACCCUGCAGGCAGUGCGGUGGCGAGAGGAGACGUGGCCCGCUUCAUGCUCUCUCUGCUCAACAGCAAUGCCUGGGUGAAGAAGGGAGUCGCUAUCACAACAAAAUGAGAAGAUGAGGAAAAAAGGCCAUUUCACAAUGAAAAUGCAACAUUUUACUCAUUAAGCUGGUGGAAUCUAGCCAUGCAGAUAUUGUUCCUGAUCUUCAUGGUUAGAUACAACUUGUUUGAGAUAAACUGGCCCUUAAUCAGUCGGCUUGCCAUUGGAGAUAAUUAAACAACUGCCUUACAUGGUCUAAUAUAUAUGAUGAAUGCCUUUUAACUACUCUUGUUUUACAUGACUUUGUUUAUGCGAUCGAAAACUACUCGAUUGUUGUACAGUGCACGUUCAUGUGAUUGUAAUACACAAUGUUAGCCACAUGGGGGCAGUGUUGUGCCAUACCUGUGCAUCAGAGCCGUAAUAUUUACCGUCUAUGAUCAGAGGUCAACCUCUUACUUUCUAUUAUAAACUCACGAGUGAAUAAUUAAAGGACGAUGAACACUGAUAGGUAAACUAAAUUUGCACCAUGUGUUCACAUUGGUACUUUGUGUUCCUCUUGGUGCUGUAUCAGUUCUAAUAAUAAUACUGAUUGGGAGGACUUUGUUCAAUGUUUAUGGGACUCCACUGUACAAGUUAAAUGUUUUGAAUAUGGGCUUUGACGCCUUUGUUUCUGAAACGGGUUCAUUAUUUUCAGUUUUAACAUUAUAAAUUCAACAUUCAAUACUGAAGCCUUAACUGUGUUUUCAUGAAUUAUUUGGUUAAAGGGCAAAAAAAAAGUCUGCUUGAUAUUAACAGACAGUUUCUCAUGUGUCUCUCAAGGCAUGAACGUCGUAGAUCAGUUAAACUGACCUGUAGAGAAAUUAGACAAUUACAUUUGUUACAAGUAAUGAACAGAGAUUUAUAUUCUUGUCGUGAUUUUGAACGAUACUGGUUUUGUUUGAAAAUGUAGGAAAACAACUCAUUAGUAACAGAAGUCAGUGAGUGAAACUUUAUUUUUAUUUUUCAUUCAACCUUUAUGAGUUGAAACUUUGCAACUAAUGCACGUAAUCCGAUGAGUACUGAUAACCUUUGGCAUACGAGAUGAAACAUUACAUUUCAAAGAGAAAGAAA